AUGGCUCCUCACGCUUUGUCUUGGAUUUGUGUGUCUUUCCUUGUCUUGUUGGCAUGUUCAUCAUGCCUUGCAGCGAGGGGAGCACGGGCGCCAAAAACCGCCGACCCGACAGAUGGGUUUAAAGCAGUGAGUCUCGAUGAGAGUAAUUUUGAGCUUCAGCGUCCAUACGAUGAGACGAGUGGAUCACGGUAUAGCUUUGACGGCACCGUACGGAAACUAUGGGUGCUCUCCUCCGACAAGCCUCACACCCGCCAAAGCCACACCAGCCCAAGAACAGAGAUCAGGAUGACAGGCUACGACUACAACACGGGUGUGUGGCAGUUCGAGGGCUAUGGCUACGUCCCCUCAGGCACAUCAGGUGUAUCCAUCAUGCAGGUGUUUGGAGGAGGUGAGACGGCAACCACGCUCAUGCUACACGUCAUAGACGGUGCACUGCAUUACUAUGACAGGCAGAUUGUCGAGGAUAACAUCUACAACCGCUGGUUUAAGCUGAAUGUGGUCCAUGACGUUGAAGCGUCUAUGCUCACCGUUUUCAUUGAUGGCAAGGAGAAGCUGCAUGUGUCUGGCCGCGGUGGCGAGUCGCACUACUUCAAGUUUGGAGUGUAUGCCCAGAACCACGACUCCAGCUUCAUGGAAUCCCGCUGGAAGGGUGUCAGGAUCCUCAAGAAAGAUUAG